AUGGCCGACCGCCGCGACGGCCCUCGCCGAGCAAACGACCGACCGUCCUACGACAACAACCGAGAUCGACGACGCGAUCGCGACGGCGGUGGUCGAGACCGCGACGAUAAUAAUAAUCACCGUCGACCGAAUGCCGGACGGAGAGGGACAGAGGUCAAAGACGGUACCGGUCGCGCUCGCGAGAUCGAGGUGAUCGUCGUCGGUCUCGGUCUCCGGGCCGCGAACGAGGAGGAUGGGGAUCGGGGUGAGGCGCAUCGGGAGCGGGGGGAUAGGAGUGUUAGGGGGGAGGUGGAUAGGUCUGAGCCGGGUCGGCCCCGGGGUGAUAGGCAACGAGCGAGAGAUGGUGGCCGCAUUGAUACAGAAUCCCCCCGACGCUCGGCCAGUCCCAGAGGAGGAGGCCCCGAAGGUGACAAUGACGGACACCCGCAGCUUCCGACGCGUUCAAAACCAGCCGGCCCUCCACCGCCGCAAGCAGGGCCCGUCUCAUUCAAAGUCAAGGGUCGCGAUGGUAGCCAUGGACCUGAAUCACGGCCGGGGUUUACGGAUGAUCAGGAGUAUCAACCACGGGAUCAACACCAGCGGCAAUACGAUGAAGAUGGGGAUCAAUACCAGUCACGUGGCCGGUUUGACGCAGAGCCGAUGGAUGAGGACGAGGAGGAGGAUGUGGUGGUGGAGGACGAUGGUCUGGAUGCUAUGGCGUCUAUGAUGGGAUUUGGCGGGUUUGGGACUACUAAGGGGCAGAAGGUUCUGGGGAAUAAUGUGGGUACGGUGAGGAAGGAGAAGAAAUCGGAGUAUAGGCAGUAUAUGAACCGUGUUGGUGGGUUCAAUAGACCGCUCAGUCCAGGGAGGUGA